AUGUGGUACUUCAAUCCAGGAACCAAGUCUUGUGAACAGUUUACCUGGGGAGGCUGUCAGGGGAAUGGUAAUCGAUUCGAUUCGAAUGAGGAGUGCUUAGAUUAUUGUUUGAGCAAGCCCGGAAAACGUCGUCCGAGAUACUGCAGCCUUGCUUUUGAUUAUGGUUUCUGUUUUGGGGCCUCAGAGAGGUACUUUUACGACUCUAAAUGGAAAGUCUGCAAGUCUACCAUAUAUUCUGGCUGUGGUGGAAACAAGAAUAAUUUCUACAGUAAAGAACAGUGUGACCAAAUAUGUCGCUUCGGAAAUGUUGAUGUAUUUAAGAAAACUUCAACGACUGUCGGCGGUAAGAAGGUUAUCAUCAUCAACCCAGAAAAUUCAAAUCGGAAUCGUGGCUCGCAACGAGGUACCACCAAGGCAAAUUCAACAAAAACAUAA